AUGGCAGACUUUGGAAUCGGUGCUAUGGCAGUCUCCAGUUCCAGAUUACAAGAAAUAACCACAAAAUUAAAUUCUCUGUUUACUCCGCUUGGCAUGGAAGUUCACCCUUUUAAGAUAAGAUGGUACAAUGAGCAUGUCUCGACUGCAUACCAGUUUGACCUGCAUCCAGACACCCGGGCAUAUGUAGUCAUCAGCACGCCAGACAUGUUUGAAAAGGCACUUCUGCCCUUCAUUUGUUCAAAUGAUCACAUUGGCUCCAUGGAUGUACUUGACAGAUGCAUGCAGUUUUAUUUCGGCCUUGUCAAGAAGGAAUUCCCUGAUGAAGAUGUUGAAAUUAUUCACGAUUUUGAGAUGACCCCAAUGAGGCGGGCAAAAGUGCUUGUUCAGCCAGCAUGUCAUGUGGCUGGUGCGGCGUAUUACUACACACGGAAGGACUUGAACUCAGAUCCUUUUGAAGAUAAGAACAUCUUUGGUGUUUGUAUUCAUCCAAAAUAUGGAGGCUGGUUUGCCAUUAGAGGGAUCAUCAUUUUCAAAUCAGUUUUGUGCCCUAAUCUCCAACAGACCGAGCCUGUUGACUGUGUGCCCCAGCAAGAAGACAGGGUCAAGUUGCUGGAUCUGUUCACAAAUCACUGGAAGGACUGGAGAUAUCGGGACAUUAUCCCUGUGAAGAAGAGAAUUGCUUCCACUGCGUGA